UUCAUUGUUAUUUGUUAUCCCUGAGAAAUUUCUUUUUGAUAUUAGUCAUUUAUUUAAAUCAUGCCUGGAAUAAGUAAUAUUAAGCAAUGAAAACAGCUGAUGAAAAAUAGCCAAAUGAGUGAUCAGACAACAACACCAGAUGAGUUUGAUGAAAGGCUACCAAUUACAUUUUCAACCCAACAGAAACGUUUGGUGUGCAUUGAAUUUCCUGGAUACAUCAAUAACAUUUCUAAAUGCUUGAAUACGCUUGGUGGUGAAACACAGAUCAAUUCAACUUUAAAGGAUCCCUUGCGACGAUUAGGGAUAUCUUUUAGACCAAAUGACCCAUAUUGCCACCAAGGCUUUGGCGACAAGUAUCCAGUCACAGAUUUACUUAUGAAAGUGAAGAGAAAGACUCGUAAGAUAAAUGGUAAAGAUGAAAUAAAAUACGAGUGUGAAAUACUGGGAAUAAUUGACACUGUUAUUAAAUUCAAAGGAUUAAUGGAUUUUCAGUACCUUGCACCAGAUAUACCUGACUUACUGAAUGAUCUUUGUGGCAGUGAGAUCCUUGAUAUAUCCACUCCACUACAUAUUCCACCACCUGUAUUUUGUAGAUUAGAUCAUCCAUUUGAUUAUCAAUAUAAAUCUGACCCGGGCAGUAAAAGCAAAAAACCUGCAAUAGCAAAUGAUCAAAGUCUUGGGGCGACACUUCGAAAACCUCGCCCUUCUAUGGUGAUCUCUUGCAACUUUCAUGUGGUUUCUGUACCAGAUCAACCAAAAGAAGGCGCUGAAGAGCUUUUGAAACGUUUUAAUAAUGAUGGCCUGGAUAUAGUCGAACAUAUGUUCAACAUCAGACCAAUAUGGUCAAAACGCGCAAUCAUUUGUCAUAUGGGAGAGAAGGCAAACAGAGUAAAGUAUGUUUUACCUUGUGUGGCAUAUUAUUGGAUAGGAGGACCAUGGAGGACAUUUUGGACGAAGUUUGGCUAUGAUCCUAGAAAGAAUGCAGCAGCAAAAAUCUAUCAAAAAUUAGACUUCAGACUCCGUUCAAAGAAAGAUCUUCGUAACAUGAAAUUAUUGCCUCCAGUAACACGCGUCAGCAGUGAAUUUUCAUUUACAACACGGUUUCAGAAGAAUAUAAAAAAACCUGUGAUACCUUUGGGAGUAGAGAGUUCUUCGGUAGGAGGAGAGAACGCGAGUACAAGCACUGAAAAUACUACAUCAGAAUCAGAAUUCUUGCCGUAUGCUUUUUACACAGAUCGUCCGCCAGUUGCUCGUCAGAUGAUUUAUCAUUUGUGUGACUUAAGAUGUUCAGAAAUACAGAGACUCAUCUCUGCCAAUGAUGGAAAGGAACGUGAAUGUACUGAAAGCGAUGGUUGGUUAGAACCAGGUACUCUAGAAAAUAUACGUAAACUUAUGACAGGAUACAUGACGCAACUCUGCCAAAAAUCGAAAGGACGCAAAGGUAUCAUGGAUGCGUCUAGUGGUGAACCUGUUGAGGAUAUUGAGGAAGAAGUUGGGACGUUUUUGGAUACGUUGAUGGAUGACGAGGAUGUUGAAACCUAUGACAUUUUGGGUGAUGAGGAAUUUUAAAUAAGAAAUUUAAAAAACGAGUUGUCAGCAUAACGAAUUCAAGAGCGUUUUUUUAUCUUUUUACUUUCCUUUUUACUUAAAAGUAAACUAUUCACCGCGUUCCAUUCCACAGAAAUAUACAUUUCAUUUGUUUCCAUUGAAGAGAGAGCCAUCCUAUGGUGCGAUGAUUAUACCGCUCCACCCAGGGGCGGAUUACUCAGUACGCUAAAUAGGCUGAAGCCUAAAGCCCCGGGCUUUCGAGAGGCCCGUUGUAUCUAGACAUAAUUAGUUUUUUGUUUUUUCCCAUUACGGUCUAGUUAAAUGUUCUUAAUUUAGAUCGUUUAUGCUGUUAAAAACCCUACAAAUCUACUGCCCAAAUGCACGAUAAUCAGAACUCAUGAAGUAAUGGGUUUUCCCAGUUUCGACUUUCAAUUUAUUCCUUACUGUUGAUACUAUGAGAUACAAAAACAAGCUGGGAAAUGCAAACGCAAAGGAGCGUAAGGAACGCAAAUGUCAUCAAGAGACUGAACUUAGUGGAAGGAAUAGAUACCAAAUUUAAAACCCAACAACUUUGUCUUAGCCUACAGGCCCUGUACUUAGUAAUCCGCCACUGGCUCCACCAAGGUUAACCUUGCAUAUUUACUAAUAAAAUACAAGACAUUUAAUCGAGAAAAAAA